AUGAAUUUUAAUUCAUCUAAGUAUAUAUCCCAUUUACCAGAAUCACUUUUACCAAAUGAUGCAUCACCAGAAUGGAACAACAAAGCAGACAAUGCAUGGCAACUAACAGCAGCAACAUUAGUAGGCCUUCAAACUGUUCCUGGGCUUGUAAUACUCUAUGGCAGCAUGGUUAAGAAAAAAUGGGCCGUAAAUUCGGCUUUCAUGGCCCUAUAUGCAUUUGCUGCUGUACUAGUUUGUUGGGUUUUAUGGGCCCAUCAUAUGGCAUUUGGUACCAAGCUUUUACCUUUUGUUGGAAAGCCAAACUUUGCCUUGAGUCAGAAGUUUCUACUUUCUAAGGCAUCAACAAAUUAUUAUUUACCAAUGGCUGAUUUUGUUUUCUAUCAAUUUGCUUUUGCUGCAAUUACUCUUGUUUUGCUUGGAGGGUCUUUGCUUGGGAGAAUGAAUUUCUAUGCAUGGAUGUUGUUUGUUCCUUUGUGGCUUACAUUGUCUUAUACUGUUGGUGCUUUUACUAUAUGGGGGAAUGGCUUUCUCGAAGGGAAAAUAAUUGAUUAUGCCGGGGGGUUUGUAAUUCAUCUAUCUUCUGGUGUUGCAGGUUUCACUGCUGCUUAUUGGGUUGGUCCAAGAACUUCAAAUGAUAGACAAAAUUUUCCACCAAAUAACAUAAUUCACAUGCUUGGAGGUGCAGGGUUCUUAUGGAUGGGUUGGACAGGUUUUAACGGAGGAGCGCCUUUUCAAGUGGGAGAGAUUACAUCCUUGGCUAUAUUCAAUACUCAUUUGUGCACUGCUACAAGCAUACUUGUUUGGAUUUCUCUAGAUAUGGCUGUAUACAAGAAAGGCUCAUUGAUAGGUUCUGUCCAAGGAAUGAUGACUGGUCUCGUUUGCAUCACACCGGGUGCAGGAUUGGUGGAUCCAUGGGCAGCAAUAUUGAUGGGAGCUUUGUCCGGUUCAAUUCCAUGGUACACGAUGAUGGUGUUGCACAAAAAAUCACCAUUCUUUCAAAGUGUAGAUGAUACAUUAGGAGUCUUUCACACUCAUGCUGUGGCUGGUAUUCUUGGGGGAAUCCUUUCUGGUGUGUUUGCCAAACCUAAACUUUUGAGGAUUCUCUAUGGUCCUUAUGGGUCUGGCUUAUUGUAUAGUUAUUUUGAUGAUAAUAUAGGUCAAGGAAUCAAGCAAAUGUGGUACCAAUUAUUAGGAGCAGUUUUUAUUACUAUUUGGAAUGUUGUUAUUACUAGUCUGAUUUGUAUUCUUUUAAAUCGCUUUGUGAAUCUUCGAAUGCAAGAAGAAGACCUUGAGGUUGGUGAUGAUGCUGCUCAUGGGGAAGAAGCUUAUGUAUUAUGGGGUGAUGGAGAAAGAAUGCGGCUCCCUCUUCGUCGAGAUAUAAGUCCAAUAAUUCCUUACAUUUCUCACCAAAGACAUUCAUUUCCUAUCAAUAAAAUUGAUGAGUAA